AUGUCACAACUUCUUCAAUCAUUGGAUUUGGGCAAGAACUUACAAACACUGUUGGUUUGGUAUAAUAAAUACUUGUCAAAGUAUACUGAUACAAGAGUCAAACGUAUUACUAUUGGUUUCAGCAUUGCUAUCCUUCUCCUUUGUCGUAAAGUGUACCAUAUCACUGUCCCUCCCAAGAAUCUACGACACAUCCCUCAUAUCAAGUUUAUUGACACUGUCAAAUCGUUUGCUAUCAACAAGCUUUCUACCAGCGACAAUUUUAAACAAAUAAAUUCAUCAAUAGUACGCGACAGUAAUGGAAUUUACGUUAGUUGGGAUAGAGAAGGCUGGAUGGUUACUGUCGCCAAUCCUGAAGCUGUAAAGCAGGUGUUUAUGAAGUCAGAUAUCUUCCCAAAAUUGGAUGUAGACAAUUUCCCUGGUAGUCUAGGUAGUCGAUUCAUCAGCAGCUCGAACAUUUUACAAGUAAAUGGUCAAGAAUGGAAGAAGCAUCGAAAGCUUGCGAAUCCUGCUUUCCAUAGAUCAAUGCCUGUGAAAUUUUUUGGUGAAAAGUCGCAAGAACUCUUUAACUAUUUGAACAAGGAAAAUCCUGGUGAUAGCUUUAUAGUGGAUGUUGGGAAUAUCAUGGAACGCGUGACAUUGGAUGUGAUCGGAAUGGCUGGAUUUGGCUUCAAUUUCAGCUCUCUCCUGGAUAAGAAUAGUGAAUGGAAGCAAAUUUAUGAUGAUGUUAAUCGCAAUGUUAUGGAUCCUAUGUAUGCGCUUUUCCCUUUUUUGGAACAAAAGUUUUUAUGGCUUUUCCCAAAGCGUCAACAAGCUCACAAGACAUUGGACAAGUUUUUGGGUAUGCUCAAUGGAAUCGUGGAACAUAAGCGACAAGUACUCAAGAAUAAUAUUGACAAUAACGUGGAAGAAGCUGAAAAGGAUUUAUUAACUCUGAUGAUUGAAAGUGAACUUCGUGGUGAAGGUGUUUUGACCAAUGAAGAACUUAUGGCUGAUCUUGGUGUUUUCUUUGUUGCUGGCCAUGAUACUACUUCGUUUGCAUUAUCAGCUGUUAUUUAUUAUUUGGCUAAAUAUCCUGAUAUCCAAGAAAAGGCUCGUCAAGAAAUCAACAAUGUUCUCUGUCCUGAUGGUGAACCCAAGGAAGAUAUAUUAGUGACUGCCGAACAAACCAAACAAUUUAUCUAUUUGAAUCAAGUUAUCAAAGAAACUUUACGUAUUGCUGGAUCUGUUGUCAUGCUUGCUGUUCCUAGACGUACAACGGAAGAUGUCAUGUUAUCUGGUACUCUGAUUCCUAAGAACACCCUGGUCAGUGUCAAUAUAUAUGAUUUGCAUCACAAUCCCGAUGUGUGGACAAACCCAGAAACUUUCGAUCCUGACCGCUUUUCUCCGGGUGCUGAAGCAGAUCAAAAGGUUGGUACUGGAUUAGCAUGGGUUCCAUUCGCAAAUGGAUCAAGAGUUUGCAUCGGUCAAAACUUUAGUCUUAUGGAACAACGUGUGAUUCUCUCUGGUUUGUUGAGACGAUAUCACUGGAACCUUCCAAAUGGCUCACUACACAAAGAAGAGCUCAUCACUGGCAACUCCUUUAUUAUGAGUGCGAAGAAACUCGAUAUCGAAUUCCACAAACGAUUUUAA